AUGAUGCCAUUGGCAACCUGGUUUGGGCUUACAUAUUUUCCAGGUGGCCAAGUGGCGUUGAUAUGUUACGUGAAUGCUUUAGUCCACGCUGUUAUGUAUAGCUAUUACCUUAUAGCCGGUCUUGGCAAAGAAUACAAAAAAUAUUUAUGGUGGAAAAAGUAUCUCACAAUGAUGCAAUUGGUACAAUUUUGUAUAUUUAUUAUUCAAGCAACACUAAGUCUAUUUUACGACUGUGGAUUUCCAAUAGUUUUGAAAAUGGUGACAAUUAUUUAUGCGGCAACAUUCAUAAACUUAUUUGGGCGAUUCUACUACAACAGUUAUGUCAAACCGAAUAAAAGUAAUAGCGUACAAAAUGGAAACUCUAAAGUUAAAACUGUCAAAGUACAU